AUGUCUGCUACAGGAUCAACUCAGGAACGACCAACUGUGCAGGAUGAAGAACAGUCGCAGACAGUACACAAUUUGAAAGACGGAUAUCCAAAUGGGUUGUCCAACAUUUCGGACGAAAAAACUUCUACCAAAAACACUCUAAAAUUAAUGGCCAUUCCGCUUGAAUUGGUAUUAAUUCCCGUCACCGUGUUCAGACCUCAGACAAAAAAGUGCAGCACUAAGCCUAAGAACGAGUACUACAUGUAG